GAUGCUCCUCUCUCAAACCCGCUGCCAUCUCAGUGGUGGAAAUGUUGGAGUUGGGGAGGGUCGACUUUGAGGUGACAUUGACGCUAUGUAGAUGAGAGUGAGGAUCCUGCGCUCCAUGUUACGUCCCUACUCGCUUCAACUCAGACGGCGGCAGCUCCUUUCCCCAUCUUCUCUCCCCUCUUCUCUUUCAGCACCACUCCUUUCAGGACAGCACCUCGCUCUCAAAGACGCACUUGUCCACUAUCCUCCCCCCUAAGGAUCGUAUAUUUGCUCACUGACAUCGGAUGCAAGUUUUCACCUUGGUUUUAUUCUUACAAGUGCAAGGAAAUAACUUUUUUUUUUUUAAAUCCAAAUCAGGAUUUUCCCACCAGGGAAACAAUCUGGAAAAUAACGAGUUAUUAUUGGUCGCAGGACCUCUGCUAGCUGCCCCUUCGUCUGGUUUUCACACUCACUACCCCGAAUAUUCAUCUCUACUCGGCUGAUUUCUGCGAGCUGGACGACAGAGAAGCUUCUCUCUGCUUGGACGGGUGCUGAAAUUUCCUUCUCUCCACUGGUCAGGACUAUCCAACACGCGCAGUCACCAUGGCCACCAACGGGACCAAAGCCUCGGACGGACACGUCUUAACGGAGACUGUGAACGACGCCCCCAGCACCACACCAAACGACAAACCCAAAACCUUGGUGGUGAAAGUGCAGAAGACAAAAAAAGAUUUGCCCGAGAGAGAAACGUGGGGUGGCAAAUUUGACUUUCUUCUCUCUUGUGUCGGAUACGCAAUCGGACUCGGAAAUGUCUGGAGAUUUCCUUAUUUAUGUGGAAAAAACGGAGGAGGGGCCUUCUUGAUUCCCUACUUUUUGACCCUGAUAUUUGCUGGUAUGCCCUUGUUCUUUCUGGAGACGGCUCUUGGUCAGUACACGUCUAUUGGAGGGCUUGGCGUGUGGAAGCUUGCCCCCAUGUUCAAAGGUGUGGGUCUGGCUGCCGCUGUUCUGUCCUUCUGGCUAAAUAUCUAUUACAUUGUGAUCAUUUCCUGGGCUAUUUACUAUCUGUACAACUCCUUCACUACUGACCUGCCAUGGCAGAGUUGUGGCAAUCCCUGGAACACAGACCGUUGCUACACAAACUACAGCAUCGCGGACACCAGAAACCUUACCAGCGCUGUGGUGGAGUUCUGGGAACGUAACAUGCACCAGAUGACUGAUGGCCUAGAGAAGCCUGGGGAGAUCAGGGUCCCACUGGCUAUAACCCUCGCCAUAGCAUGGGUGCUUGUCUAUUUCUGUAUCUGGAAAGGGGUCAGCUGGACUGGCAAAGUGGUGUACUUCUCAGCCACGUACCCUUACUUUAUGCUGUUCAUCCUGUUUUGCCGUGGUGUCACUCUACCUGGUGCAUAUGAUGGAAUCGUCUUCUAUAUCACACCAGACUUUGAAAAACUGAAGGAGUCCGGGGUAUGGCUGGAUGCUGCUACUCAGAUCUUCUUUUCCUACGGGCUGGGAUUAGGCUCUCUGAUCGCUCUUGGCAGCUACAAUACGUUUAAUAACAAUGUAUACAGAGAUUCUAUCAUUGUCUGCUGCAUCAACUCCUUCACCAGCAUGUUCGCUGGCUUUGUCAUCUUCUCCAUCGUGGGAUUCAUGUCCAAUGUAACAAAGAGACCCAUCGCUGAUGUGGCAGCCUCAGGACCUGGCCUGGCGUUUUUGGCAUAUCCUGAGGCGGUCACUCAGCUCCCAAUAUCUCCUCUCUGGGCCAUACUCUUUUUCUCAAUGUUGCUGAUGCUGGGAAUUGACAGCCAGUUCUGCACCGUGGAAGGUUUCAUCACUGCACUGGUUGAUGAAUUCCCUCAUGUUCUCCGAAAACGCAGAGAGAUCUUCAUUGCAAUUGUCUGCCUUAUUUCUUACAUCAUUGGACUUUCCAACAUCACACAGGGUGGACUGUAUGUGUUCAAGCUGUUUGACUACUACUCAGCUAGUGGGAUGUGUUUGCUCUUCCUGGUCUUUUUUGAGUGCAUCUCCAUUUCCUGGUUUUAUGGUGUAAACAAAUUCUAUGACAACAUUGAGGAAAUGAUUGGCCACAGGCCUUGUCUUUGGUGGAAGGCCUGCUGGGUUGUUUUCACUCCACUCAUUGUGGCUGGAGUCUUCUUGUUCAGUGCAGUGGAGAUGGUCCCCCUGACCUUGGGUGACUAUGUGUUCCCACUCUGGGGCCAGGGGGUCGGCUGGUGCAUGGCCCUGUCUUCCAUGACUCUCAUCCCUGGCUACAUGGGUUACAUGUUCCUCACACUCAAAGGCACAUACAAAGAGCGUCUGCGAAUAAUGAUCAAGCCUUUGGCACUGGUGAAGGCUCAGGAAAAUGGCCCCGACCAGCAGACAGAAAAUCAGAGUCAGAAUCCUGCCAAUGAGGAAGCCUACAUCUAGAAACUUCUGCCUGUCUCUCUGUCACAAUGGACAGAAUGGCUAUCUACACAGAAGAAACGUAAUCAAGGUUGGGAACGACCACCAGACUUCUAUGUCUGCUUUUAUUCACCUACCUCCUGGGGACACGUGAGACCAACCUGAUUACAUGCUUAUUUUUAGGGGUUUUUCUGUUUGUUUAUUUGUAUAAUACAGAGUUAUAAACAUAAGAGAAAAAAAUACCCAGCAAAAUUGUUGUGAUAUUAUGAAUUUCAUUAUGCAAAAAAGUUAGUCUUUUUAGAAAAGGAAAUGUGAAUUAGGAAAUUACUGUAUAUUGAAUAUAUAAUUUAAAUUUGGAGGCCCGUGUUGAUUCAAUAGUAUUGUGCAUCUUUAAAGAUAGUGAGUAUACUAAACUACAAUUACUGUACAAAGACAAAUAUUGGUUAAAUGCAUUUUGCUUGUACAUGAAAUAAAUACAUUAAAAUGAAAACAGUGUAGUAGGAGACAAAUCUUUUUGAAAGUGUGUAAAUUUAAAAUUGAAUAUUGACCACUUCAAGGCAAUGGGAAUAUGGGAAUGUGCAACAGGUAAGGCCAAAUCUGCUUGUCUGUGUAAAAUAUAAUUAAGCCAGAAUACCACCUCCCCUUGCAGAAUACUGCAGUUUGCCUGAAAUGUUUACCACCCAUGUCUGGGGCUCAUUUGAAAAGCACAAACACUAGCACAGGAUGAAAUUUUGAAGCGUCCAACUUUUUGGGGGCUAAAUUUUAACUUGUGAAAAAAAGCAAAAUAACUUGCAAAGAAAACAUAGCCAGAGACUGUUAUACUUGUUUUUUUUUUUUUUAAAAGAACAAUAACUUUAUUUUAUAUGUUGUCUGAAUCUUAUUUGUAGGAUUAUUUUUAGGUCGUUUUCUAUAUGUGAGAGUGAGAAGGACCAAAAAUACGCUCGAGAUGAAAGACUGGUUCGGACAUUUGACCCUGUUCAUUAUAUGUGGAUAAAAUCAUGCAUCCACUUUGAUUCAACAGGGUGCAGUAAGAAUUACAUAACCGCCUAAAAGCACAAUUUCCAAGGUAUAAACUAGCAUCUUUAACAAUAAAGGUGUAGCUAAAACAGAAAAUGUCCUAUCUGCACUGUUCAGACUACAUUUCUCCCUAUAUUUCUAUAUCCUUUUCUUGACAACCACUUUAGUACUAAUUCUGAUCUAUAUGAAAAACUGUGAUAGUGAAUAGGCAGCAGUGGCAGAUGCAUUGGAGACUGUAUGAUGGAUUUCUUUGAUAGCUACCACUAUUCUGACAGGAACCGUUUACUUGUUUAUCUCUUUAGUAACCCAUUUCUCAGGAACAAAGGUAGACGUGACCAAAUUCUCUCAGAAACCACCAUUAUACACUGAAACAUUUAAUGCUGUUUUCAAAGACAAGCAACUUUUUAAAUUUUGUCCAGGUUCUCCUGUAAAUCCAACGUGCUAGUCAGGCAGUUACAAACAAGGACAAGUGAAUCAGUAUUGAGAAUUGGUAUAUCGAAUCACUUUGGCACAUCCGAAAGCUGAUCCAAAUGGUUGCCUCUUUUCUGUGUUCAAUUCAGUAAGCAUAAUUUCUUUCAGUGUAAAUGAACUGUGAUAGCCUUCACUGAGUAAUCUUAGUAAUAGCCAUAGUGGGUUUUUUUUUUAUCCUGUGGUGAGUACAGAUUUACAAUACCAGACUAAGAGAGAGAAACGUUUGCUUAGUAAAAGAAAAAAGCCGGCAAAAGCACUGUUAAAUACAAGGACGAAGCCAGAUGCUACAGUAGAUAGGCCAACACCACUGAAACUACUCCUUUUAAGAGGAUAAAAUAAAAAACCUAUCGUUACAUAUCAAGUUUGCUCUGCAAUAUUAAAACCGAUAUGUAGUAGCUGACUCUGUGAAAUACAACAAAAAUCAACGUAUCACUGCGACGAAGGAUCAAAAAUAUUCGCUUCUGCGUCAGCCUAACGUGAAAGGAAUCAGGUUGAAUCAGUCCCAAUAUAUUUCCUUUUAUUUAUGUUUUCUUUUCUGAAAGAUAUUUGUAUUAAAAUGUGCAAUGACAAAGGAUUCCGUGCAUUUUGUAUAAAGUUACAAUACUACAGUUUUCUCUUUUGAAUGAUGUUGUAAACUGGACUGUGUAAUACAUGUAUCUGUGAAUGUCCGUACAGCCUGAGUUUUUCUUUUCUUUGUCUAAAUGUUGAACAAAAAGAAGUGAUAUUAUUUGCUGUUUUCUGCAAUAAUAUUAUCUCAGAAACUGAAGCACAUAUCUUUCUCAACUGUAAAAAUUAUAAUUACAAUAACAGAAUAGAGUAAUAAUAAAGAUGAUGAUGAUAACAAUAAUGUAAUCAUACUAAAGUUAUAGAAAUGUCUAGUCAGAGAUUAUUGUUUUGUAUAUUUCUAGCUGUUUCAUGGGCCUAAUGUAAAAUAUUAUAUGUAAAAAAAAUAUAAUAAAUGUCUUUAGAUGGUGUUAUAUGAAAAAGCAUGACAGCAAUAUAUGUUAUCUGCAAAAUAAAUAAAGAUCUAUAGAUUAUAA